UUUAGUUGAUCUUUUCUAUGGCUUUGAUGUUAAAGUUAAUAAUUUUAAGAAUACUAUACAAAGAGCUUUCGAUUCUAACAGAAUUACUGUAGCUGAUUUGGAGAAUUAUGCUAAUUUAUUGGAAUCGAGGAGGUUAUCAGCUUCAAAUGCUAUAAUUGUUGUUGAAGAUUCUAUGGAUAACGUUGGGGACUCUUAUAAAGAUAAUCUGAAACCAUCAGGUAGAAAAAAAAGAGGCUGGUGAAGUUAGGUUUGAGUUGUUAAAGUUUAUUGGGGAUAUGUUUGGCGAAAAAUCGGUGCCAUCAAAGCCUAAUAAAGUAAAAGAUGAUGUUAAGCGAGAGAGUGUGAAUACUGAUUUAAAUAACAAAACUCGAGGAGAUGUUUCGUUGCCUGCUGUUGAUGAUAAGGCUUUUAGUUCAUAUAAUAAUGGCAAGCGAGUUUCAAAUCGAGGCUUCACUCAAGAUUCUUUGAAUAAGUCUGAUUUGAAUCGAGAAAGUGAUAGGAAAAUAGAUUUUGAUUUGGAGAAUGAGAAAAUAAGGUCUGGUUUUCUGGGUAGAAAUGCUAAGAGAUUUGUUGACAGUGAAGAGUAUAAUUACGAGAGCAAAAGAUUGCAUUUCACGAAUACUUAUGACUUCUCUUUCAUCUCAAGUUGUGCGAAUGAGAGGAAAACAUGGAAAUUCAAUGAUAAUCUGCUUGAUUCCAUGGAUUUCAGUGUCAGAUUGGAAACUGAAGCUUCCUUUAUACACGAGCAUCUGCAUCAUGAAUCUAGCAGAUCUUACAGGUCUUCUCACAACCAAGAGAAGAGAGAAAAUGAGGCAUAUGGAAAGAGACAGUACUAUGAAAAUGAUUACGACCUAGCUGAUCAUGUAACUGCAGCUGAGAAUGAGGUCAUUUCAUCAUUGUCGUUGUCGUCAAAGUUUGUCGAUGACUUGGUCUUUGAUAAGUAUCUUACAGAAGCUAGCGGUCUUCUUAACGAAGCCAAAGAAUGUAUGGGGGGAAGGCAUGACGGAGAGCGUGUAGAAGUCAUCUCGAAUAGGUCCGCCACAUUACUCUCGCAGGCCAUUUCAAUGAAGCCUAUGAGCCUUUUGGCUGUGGGCCAGUUAGGCAACACUUAUCUUCUUCACGGAGAAUUUAAACUGCAAGUCAGUUGUGAGCUUAGAACUCUUCUUACUAAAAAUGAUCCCAUAGCCGGUGGGAAGCCACAAGGAAGAGUAGUUAACACUAACAGACUAGAUCAAUUUUCAAGUAGAGAUGAAAUUAUAUCCCUCUUAGUUAGUUCUUGUGAAGAGUGUGAAGAGCUCCUUGUGAGGGAUGGGCAAAAAUAUCGGUUAGCACUAUCAAUCGAUGGAGAUGAUGUGAGAUCCCUGUAUAAUUGGGGUCUUGCUUUGUCUUUUCGUCCACAGUUGAUUGCAGAUAUUGGCCCGGAAGCAGCUUAUGAUGCCGACAAACUAUUCUUGGCUGCAAUUGAUAAAUUUGAUGCUAUGAUGACUCGAGGCAAUGUUCAUGCACCCGAUGCCCUGUUUAGAUGGGGAGCCAUGUUGCAUCAACGAUCUCACUUAAGGCCUAGUAACAGUAAAGAGAAGAUGAAGUUACUACUGCAGGCAAAGAGGUUAUAUGAAGAUGCACUCCAUAUGGACUCCACAAAUCUGCAAGUAAGAGAUGCCUUAUCAUCAUGUACAUCCGAGCUGAAGUAUAGAUAAUUUUAGUCAUUACGAUUUACAGUAGCAGUA